AUAAACAAUAGGACGCAGUUUAUUGGCGUCAUCAUUAAGCAUCGUCGAAAAGUUCACAGUAGACCCCGCUGAGCUGCAGAUCUACGUCUUAAUGUCUUAUUAGAAAUUCUCUGGUAGCUUGCAAUUGCAAAGUGACAGGAUUGGUUUGUCAUAUAGGGAGCUUUUCUACAUGUAUUUAGCCUGCUUGUAUAACGUUACGUUUUAAUGGCAGGGGAAUUCUGUCUCUAUGACCCGAUAUCGGAGCCAUAGCGUCUGCUAAUUUUCGAGCUUUUAUUAGGCACUUAGCUACCAGCGAGUGAAUUCGUUUCGACAUAAAAUACUUAUUUUAGAUUUAUUGGGUUACCGCAGAGGUUCACAUUACUAUCAGCUUCUGACUCAGCUGCUGUAUGAUAGUGCGUUAGAUCGUUAAACCUGCAAGAUGGGUAACAUAUAAACCAGAAUGAUAGUUAGCUAAUCAGCUAACACGACUGAGUUGGAGUGGAGUUGUUUUGCAAAAGCCUGAUACAGCGAUGGUAUUCUCUUUGGUGGACCUGUGUGCUAAGGAAGUGGUGAGUGACCAUAGUUCGUCGCCGUCUUGGCUCGGCAGUGUGCCCAGAGAAUUGUACGGGCCGCUUCUCGAGGCGGCUUUCACCUACUGUCGCCCGCUAGCCAUCGGCGAAUUAGUACAGCGAUGGCCCGAACGUGCCCUGGCCGUAGGAAAGAAGAGGCGACCAGGACAAAACCCCCCUAACCGACUCUGUGUCCAGGCGUUGCUCUUGGCUGUUGUGAGAGGAUUGGCAGACAAAAGGUCUGCCCUGCAGUUGCUGGAUCUGUGCGGGUUGCAGUGCGAAGACGAAUGUGUGGAGGACUCUAUGGGUGGCUGGUCUCUCACUGUUGCCCUUUGCUCCAUGGUGCUGCAGGCUACUGUUGCUGCCCAGAAAGGUGUUAGAAAAGAGGGGGAACGGGAGAGGGAGAGGAAGAGAAGCCUGGAGACGGAGAGAACCAGGGACAGUGCCAUAAAACGGGACCGCGGAUCAGGUGGCCGAGGCGUAGAAGUGGAGAAGGGCAGCGAGGAGGAGUUGGAGAGCAAGGGGCUGAAGGUGGACCGUCUCCGGGACCUACGGGUGGAGGAGGGGGGUGGAGAGGUGGUGAUGGGGGUGAGGAGGCGGAUGGAGAUGCAGAAGAGGAGCGGCUCGGUAGACCUCAACAGAGAGAGCAGUGACCUUGACCCUGAACCGGUGCUGUUGCAUGUCUGCGCUGACCUGUUUGUCAACGCCCGGUCUUGGGAGCGCGUGCGCGGGGCGCUCACCUCUCAGGGACCCCUGCGGCUCCACUGUCGCUACCUCCGCGUGGAAGAGCUGCCGGCUCCCUCCAUCGCCGCUCUUCUCUCCCUCCUGCCCGAGCUGGGCCUCCGGGGCCUGGACAUCCGCUACUCCAGCCUGGGGGUGUCGGGCCUGGCCUUGCUCCUGCCUCUGCUGGCCCCCUUCCCUCACCUGCGCGCCCUGAAGCUGCAUUACUGUAACCUGGACUUGCACAGGGCCCUGCCUGGGCAGGAGGGGGCACUCAAAGACAUGUCCCAGGGCCUCGGGGGGCUGAAGGGACUCCGGCAUCUCAGCCUCACCGCCCUGCGGCUGCCUGGGCACCUGCGCUUGCUGCUAAGCUCUCUCUCCCAGCCCCUUGAGGUGCUAGAGCUCCCUUACCUGAGCCUGACGCCAGCCGACCUGUCCUACCUGUCCUGCAGUCCCCACGCGUCAUCCCUCCAGCGCUUGGACCUGAGCGAGAACCGCCUGGACGAGUCCUCGCUGCCCUCCCUGCGCCGGCUCCUCUCCCAGGCCACCCUCUCCCUCGUCCAGCUCUCCCUCUGCGGCUGCGGCCUCUCGGACGGCCUGCUGGCCGCGCUGCUUCCCUCUCUGUCCUGCUGCCGGGCCUUGCAGAGCCUGAGGCUCGCUUUGAACCCCCUCUCCCUCACAGGACUGCUGUCGCUGGUCCGGACGGCUGCGGGGAUACCCUCCCUCCGCCUGCUCCUGUACCCCAACCCGCUGGAGGAGUACGAGGUCGGACUGCCCCCCAUGCCCUCCAGCGCCCAGCUACUGGACUGGCCUUUAGCAGAGGAGGGGGAGAUCCGGGAAGCCAUUUUGUUUCAGCUGGAGGAGCUCCUGAGGCAGGGCGGACGAUCUGGUGACCUCUUCCUGACCGCAGACCUGCUGAACUUCACCAAAGAUCUCUUGGAGGUUGAGUAGCUGGAGGGAUCGCAGUGAGAGCUGUCAGCAAGACUGGCCCUUGAUUGAGACAGCCUUACAUGGUGAUUGCAGGGCCGUCGUGCUGGACGGACUCCACACUAUGUCUGAGAUGUAAACCAUCAGGAGCUUCUGGCAUGUCCUCAAGAGAGAUGCUCAGGACUGUUAAGUUCAGCUGUGUAUGACUUGUGUGAUAACAGGGGUAAACAUACCAGGUAAGGAGGUUGUUUUGGAUAUCGUAAGCUUACAGAACCAGUUCACACAAGAAGUGCCAGACAAUCUGCGAUGAUAGUUUAUAUGUGGAUUAUCCUCUGUGAAAGAUUUGAAUGUGAGUUCUUUUUUUUAUAUAAAAUAUAUAUACAAAAAAGCUAUGUGGUUAUUAUUGUUAACUAUAUUGCUGGUUUCAAUCAGGGCCAGACAGUACUCCUCUGUGAAGUACUCCUGGGCAUUACCAUGGGCACUAAGGCUAGGGCUGACAACCUGACACAUCUGAUAUACACAAGGCCUAGCACGUGCUUUGACCAGGUAUUUGGGCAUUGGCAGUGAACCAUUGCUUGUGUAAUGUCAACCAGGUGCUGAAAGAACCAAAGCAGCAGUAAAGUAGCUUAACCAGAAUUAGACUCUGCACAUGUGUUCUUUUCAGUCAUCCACAUUGUUUUAGCUCAUAUUUUUUGUCAUCGCGCGACCUACCAGCUGAAACUGAGUAUCCUAUCCAUCAUUACUGAGCCAGGCAUGUCAAGAAUCACUCUUUCCUCUGAUUGGCUCCCGAUCAAGUCACACAAGUCUGUGUGCCUGUGGUCACCAAUCGUAUUUGGGGGCCCGGGGUCACGUGCCGUACCAGCAGAUACCAGCUGCAUUUCCAAAGGAAAACACUGUGCACUGCACCCCACCUAUCCUGACGAGCACUUCUGUGCAAUUCUGGGAAAAGUGUUAUUUAAAGUCUGGUGUAUUUACAACAUAUGGCAAUACAUUCAUUGGUGUGAUUUGAAUGUCUUUGACACCUGUGUGUGUGUAUGGUGUGUUUUUCUGCUUCGCUGUGUCAGUACUUUCUCAUUCUGACUAUUUGUGUGCUGGAUCAUUUUUGUACAACAACAGAUCAAAGACGUGUUUGUAAGUAAAACUGGGUAAAACCCUAUAGUACAAAGUUCUGUAAGCAUAUAACAUGUUAAUUGUGUAUUUCCUUUGAACUCCUCUUUAACAAUUCUGUGCUAUGCAAUAUUUAUUUGUAUAGACGCAUUUUUUUAGGAUGUGUCGAGGCACAGUAGCUGACAUCAAGUUAAGCAGAACUCUGUGAAAAAACUAACUUCCAAGUGAGCCCUUAACCUCUAACUUCUAACUCCAGCCCAAUCCUGUUGCCAGGGCAUCACCUUUUGCCCUUUAAAAUAACCAGCAAUUGCUUUAACUGAUGUGUUACACCAAUAAUAAUAAAAAAAGA